AUGGAUACGUGGCACAGGAUGCGGCCGAAGCUGUACUCCACUUGUCUGUUUUUCUUGGCCUUGGACUGUUCAGUUGUCAUGGGUUCCGAGGUCGAGAACCAUUUGGAUAUGGGGCGCGACUUCCUGGCCCGUGGACAACUCCAAGACGCCUUGUCCCAUUAUCACGCCGCUGUAGAGGGUGAUCCAAAUAAUUAUUUAACUUAUUUUAAAAGAGGUACAGUUUAUUUAGCCCUCGGAAAAGCUAAAUUUGCUUUAUUAGAUUUUGGGAAGGUUCUUGAACUCAAACCGGAUUUUACAGCUGCACGCUAUCAAAGAGGUGUAGUAUUGAUGAAACAAGCUUCAAUUGAAGAUGCAAGAAAAGAACUUUAUAAUGUGUAUAUUGGCAAUGGUGAUUUUGCACGAGAAGCAUAUGAUUUGUACUCAAAACUUGAUGGUCUUGCCUACGAUAUAGAAUUAGCUACCUACUACCAAGAAAAUAAAGACUAUGAAAGUGGUAUAAAUUCAUUGGAUCGUCUUAUAGAACAUUGUCCUUGGGCUCCUUCAUUACGUGAGCAGCGAUCACAAUUGUAUUUGAGUUCUGGAAAUGUGCAACAUGCUAUAAUGGACUUGCGGACAGCUACUAAACUCCAAGCCGAUGACACAGACGGUCAUUACAAAUUAUCAAAAAUUUAUUACAGUAUAGGAGAAGUAUCUGAAUCACUCAAAGAGAUUAGAGAGUGUUUAAAAUUAGAUCCAGAUCAUAAAUUAUGUCACUCACAUUAUAAAAUUGUUAAAAAAAUUGAUAGACUGAUAGUAGACAGUCAGUCAGCGCUCAAUAUCAAAGAUUUUUCCAGUAGUAUUCAAUUCGCAAAAAAGGUAAAGGAUGGAGACUAUACAUGUAGUCAUGUAGACAUGCCUAUUAGAGAUUUUGAGCAUGCACUUCAUAUCGAUCAGGAGCAUCGACAAGCAACUGAAGGACUAAAAAAAGCAAAAAAUUUACAAAAACAAGCUGAAAGAAAAGAUUAUUAUAAGAUAUUAAAUGUAAAAAGAACUGCCACCAAACAAGAAAUAAUUAAAGCAUAUAGAAAAGCUGCUCAACAAUGGCAUCCAGAUAAUUUCCAAGGUGAAGCUAAAAAGAAUGCAGAGAAAAGGUUCAUUGAAAUAGCUUCUGCCAAAGAAGUUCUGACUAAUCCAGAAAAACGGGAACAAUUUGACCGAGGUAUUGAUCCACUAGAUCCAGAAUCAGGGCGUCAUCACCAAGACGGUUUCAACCCAUUUCAACAAUUUCAUCAAUUCCACGGGAGCCCUUUUACAUUCAAAUUCAACUUCAACUAA